UCAACCAUUUCCUAGACCGAUCCACUGCACUGGCAGUGUCCAUGGUCUUUGCUCAGCUCAGGACGCCCUAUCUGGCCUCGCCUUCUUCUGGCUGGGAUUAGUAAACAGUUGCGGAUCCCGCAAAGACAAUACCCAGGUGAAUGACAGACUGUCUUGCGGGCCGGUCAGCACCACAAUACUUUUGCUAGGCGCUCGGUCCCGCAGGACAGCAGCGACAAUAGUGACAGCCUGCCAUGGCUUUGAAGAUCGUCAAAGGGAGCAUCGAUCGGAUGUUCGAUAAAAACCUUCAAGAUUUAGUACGUGGCAUUAGGAAUCACAAGGAAGAUGAGGCCAAAUACAUCUCCACCUGCAUCGACGAGAUCAAACAGGAGCUCAAGCAGGAUAACAUUGCCGUCAAGGCCAACGCCGUCUGCAAGCUCACCUACUUGCAGAUGCUUGGCUAUGACGUCAGCUGGGCCGCGUUCAACAUCGUUGAAGUCAUGAGCUCGUCCAAGUUCACCUACAAGAGGAUUGGCUACCUCGCUGCCUCCCAGUGCUUUCAUGAGAGCACUGAUGUCAUCAUGCUGACAACCAAUCAGAUUCGAAAGGAUCUGAGCAGUCCUAACCAGUACGACACGGGCGUGGCUCUCACUGGCCUGUCCUGUUUCGUGACCCCCGACCUCGCCCGGGACCUGGCCAACGACAUCAUGACCCUGAUGUCCCACACCAAGCCCUACAUCAGGAAGAAGGCUGUUCUGAUCAUGUACAAGGUGUUCCUGAAGUACCCCGAGUCCCUGCGGCCGGCCUUCCCCAGGCUCAAGGAGAAGCUGGAGGAUCCAGACCCAGGUGUGCAGUCGGCCGCGGUGAACGUCAUCUGUGAGCUGGCCAGGAGGAACCCCAAGAACUACCUGUCCCUGGCCCCGCUGUUCUUCAAGCUCAUGACCUCCUCCACCAACAACUGGGUGCUCAUCAAGAUCAUCAAACUGUUUGGUGCCCUCACGCCCCUGGAGCCCCGUCUGGGGAAGAAGCUGAUCGAGCCGCUGACCAACCUCAUCCACAGCACGUCGGCCAUGUCUCUGCUGUAUGAAUGUGUCAACACUGUGAUAGCAGUGUUGAUAUCUUUGUCUUCUGGGAUGCCCAAUCACAGUGCUAGUAUUCAGCUCUGUGUACAGAAACUGCGUAUCCUGAUCGAAGACUCGGACCAGAACUUGAAGUACCUGGGCCUGCUCGCCAUGUCCAAGAUCCUCAAGACCCACCCCAAGUCCGUGCAGUCCCACAAGGACCUCAUCCUCCAGUGUCUGGACGACAAGGACGAGUCCAUACGCCUGCGGGCCCUGGACCUGCUCUACGGCAUGGUCUCCAAGAAGAACCUGAUGGAGAUCGUGAAGAAGUUGAUGCUGCACGUGGACAAGGCGGAGGGCACCACUUACAGGGACGAGCUGCUCACCAAGAUCAUCGACAUCUGCUGCCAGAGCAACUACCAGUACAUCACCAACUUCGAAUGGUACAUCAGCAUCCUGGUGGAGCUGACCCGUCUGGAGGGCACCAGACACGGCCACCUGAUCGCCUCCCAGAUGCUGGACGUGGCCAUCCGCGUCAAGGCCAUCCGGGUGUUCGCCGUGGCCCAGAUGGCCAUGUUGCUGGACAACGCCCACCUGCUGACCGGCAACACGCAGCGCAACGGCAUCUGCGAGGUGCUGUACGCCGCCGCGUGGAUCUGCGGGGAGUUCUCCGAGCACCUGGAGAACCCCCUGCAGACGCUGGAGGCCAUGAUGCGGCCCAAGGUGGCCACCCUCCCGGGCCACAUCCAGGCCGUGUACGUCCAGAACGCCGCCAAGCUGUUUGCCACCGUGCUGCGGGGCCAGGAGGGCGCUCCGGACAGCACCGCCGCCCAGGAGACCAGUCAGCUGCUGGUGGAAAGGCUGCCUCUGUUUGUCCAGAGCGCCAACCUGGAGGUCCAGGAGAGGGCCUCGUGUAUCCUGCAGCUGGUGAAGUACAUCCAGAAGCUCCAGCAGAAGGACGUGGAGGUCUCUGAGGAGGUCACCGCUCUGUUUGCUGGGGAGCUCAACCCCGUGGCCCCCAAGGCCCAGAAGAAAGUGCCUGUCCCCGAAGGCCUGGACCUGGAUGCCUGGAUCAACGAGCCGCCCUCUGAGAGCGAGUCUGAGGACGAGAAGCCCAAGGCGGUGUUCACCAGGGAGGAGCCCAGGCACACCCGCCCACGCCACACAGAGGUGGACGAGAAGGAGCUGGCCAAGCGGAGAGAAGUCCGGAAGCAGGAGCAGGCCAACAACCCCUUCUACAUCAAGGCCUCUCCUUCCUCUCAGAAGGUGUACCAGGAAGCCCCUGGCGUGGAGCACAUCCCUGUGGUUCAGAUCGACCUCAGUGUGCCUCUCAAAGUCCCGGGCCUGCCCAUGUCGGACCAGUACGUGAAGCUGGAGGAGGAGCGGCGACAGAAGGACCGGGCGGACAAGAAGAAGAAAGACAAGAAGAAGAGGAGGGAGAAGAAGGGCGGGCGAAGGAGGCCAGACUCUGGGCCCGAGAGCGAGGAGGACAUCACCCCCGCCCAGCAGGUGGACAUCGUUACUGAGGAGAUGCCGGAGGUAAGGGGCGCCCCCACUGUGUGUGUGUGUGUGUGUCCCAGGCCCCUGGCGGACAGCGAGAAGCUUCCGGUCAGGACGCACCGUCCCCCCGAGCUCCUGAAGAGCCCCGCGGCCGACAGGGGUGCGGAGCCCGCCCCGGCCGAACCCAAGAAGAAGAGCGUCAAGGAGAAGAAGAGAGACAAGGACAGGAAGAAGGGCAAGGAGGAGAAGAAGAAGAAGAAACACAAACAGGAAGGAGGGGAGGAGGACCUUCUGGAAGUUCAGGCGGAGGAGCCCGUCCAAUCAGCAGAGACCAAUGAGGUGGCGGUACUUCCUGCCUCCACCCCUGCAGAGGCUUCGGAUCUGGAUUUCUGGCUCUCAAAUGCACCAGUGCCCUCUAACUCCCAGGAGGCAGCAGUAACUGCCGCUGCCUCGGCCCCUGCCUCAGCCCCUGCCUCGGCCCCUGAGGCAGUUUCUGGAGCGACUCCAGACUCUGAGGCAGAUGAACCCAAAGACACUGAACCAGAGGAGACGAAGUCCUCCAAGCACAAGAAGAAGAAGCAGAAGAAGGAGAAGGAGGACAAAGACAAGAAGAAGAAGAAGAAACACCACCACCGUCACCACGGCGACGGCGGCGGCGGAGACGAAUCGGUGCAGAACGGCACCGUGGAAGAGGAAGAGGAGGAGCCACUGCCGCCCAUGUCCAACUACAGCCUGCUGGCCGAGAACUCCUUCAUCAAAGUGGUGUGUGACAUCCAGGGCAACCUACAGGACGGCAGUCAGGUGGUGGUGUCGGUCAUCUUCGAGAACAAGUGCGACAGCUUCCUCAAGUCCAUGGAGUUCAACGUGCUCGACUCCCUCAACUCCAAACUGCAGCGGCCGGAGGGGGCGGGGCCACACGAUGGCCUGACAGUGCCCUUCCAGCUGCCCCCCGGGGUGUCAAACGAGGCGCGCUUCGUGUUCACCAUGCAGAGCAUCGUCAUGCCCCAGAAGCUGAAGGGAACUCUCACCUUCAUCGUCAAGAAUGAAGACUCCUCGACUCAUGAAAAACUGGACUUCAAACUGCACUUUACCUGUACCUCAUACCUGAUCACCACACCCUGCUACAGCGACGCGUAUGCGAAGCUGCUGGAGUCCGGGGACCUGAAGUCGAGCUCUGUCCGCCUGGAGGGCAUCGGCAUGCCUUUCCAUCACCUCCUGGCCCGGAUCUGCUUCCACCACCACUUCUCUGUCGUGGAGCGGAUAGACUCGUGCGCCUCCAUGUACAGCAGGUCCAUCCAGGGGCAUCACGUGUGUCUGCUGGUCAAGACCGCUGACCAGACGGUGUCCAUCGACGCCAAAUGUGACGAGCCGUCGCUGCUUGGGAACGUGCUGGAUGAGAUCAAGCAGACAUUUUCUCAGUGCUGAUUGUGUUUGACAGUUUGCCUGUGUACCCCCCCCCCCCCCCCCCUCGCUUGCUCAACCCCCAUCCCCCGCCACCUCGAUCUGAAAAACCCCACACAGACAUAAUCAUGUUACACUGCGGCUGGCACACCCAGUCUUGCCCUAUUUAUUUGUCUUGAAGGUUCGACCUCUCCUUGUCUUUCCCUGGUCCUCCCCCCCCCCCAGAUCUCCUCCUCCUGCUGUUGUCUUACUGUUGCUUCACGCUCACUUCCUGUCUUCCCUCCUCCUUUUCCUCCUAUCCACUUCUCACCUUGUUUUCCCUUCGACCUCUGAAACGCUGAUGUCAUCCUUGAUGCUUCUCCCUGGGAACCUUCACCUCUCCUCUUGGUCAGUCUGUGAUGAUCAUGUCAUGUAACUCUGACAACUGGACUUUAUUUUUCUUUUCUUUUUCGUUGGUGAUGUUGAAUUGUGUUUUUACUGUUUUCGCGUUGUUUUGAUUCGUUGCCGUUCUGUUAGUUUCUGAUGUCCAUCUGCGCCUUUUACUCCUGUGUGUGUGUGUGUGUGUGUGUACCCUCCUGUGUGUUUAGCCCUGUUAGAGUGUGACCAGUUCCCAGUCAGACCGGCCUUCGGCUGGAAACAUGCUGACUCUAAACUCCUGACUAGCUGCCUGGACGAGGGUGUCAGCUAGCCCCAGGACCAGCCCAGAGAGAGACACUGUGUACAUCUGCUCAAUCUUCAUAUUAGGCUAUUUUUGCGCAUAAGCUUUUCUGUUCGGCCAAUCGUGAGGAACGCACGCCACCUUUUCCUUAGAGUAGUACCCGCUCCCUGUUCCUCCUGUGCUCCAGUAAGAGACCACUCCCUGGAACAUAUCAAUCCUCGGAUGAAUCUGACAAGCCUGAGCUGGUGUUGUUCUGAGAGUAUAUUUAUUCGGGAGAGUCGAGGUUCACUUACUCAGACCAAGUUGCGUAGCAGCCUUACAGACUUGAUUCUCACAUACAGCUCUGGAAGAAAAAAAAUUGAGAGACCACUACACCUUUAUUCUUUUAAUAAAAAAUUUUAAAAAGUUGAGAAAGACAAUUUUGAGUGAGGAACAGAAGGGUAAACUUUGCAAUGGCCUUUUACCCUUCUGUUCCUCACUCAAAAUUGUCCUUCUCAAUUUUUUUUUUAAUGAAAGAAAAGGGGUGCAGUGGUCUUUCAUUUUUUUCCAGAGCUGUAUCAUCACACCUACGAAAAUAGGGAGCCCUAUGCUGUCAGUUCCUUAUUAAAGAUGUCGAUAGGAUGGUGUAGGCCUAGUUGUUUUUCGAAUGGUUUUAUUUGACUCAGUUAUUGUACUGCUUAGUUGCAGUGCUGUGGUGUGUGUCUCACUGCCUUGGGCACUGCCACAAUAUAUCUGAAGUGACUAACAAGAAUAAAGUGGAAUAAAAUAUUGCUGCUUUGUGGGCCUGCCUCUGUCUCUCUUUAUUGAGAAGGCUGGCGAUCGCUUACAGGAGCAGAGUUAGACCCUCUUGCUCACUGUUGCUUAGCUUCUGACCAGGUAGUGUGCAUAUCAAACGGUUAAAGAUCUUUCUGUUGCUAAGGGGUACAGUAGCUAUUGGAAACGGACAAGGUUGUAGGACGUCGUCUUUAUACUUGGCCAGGCCAGUGGGUGCUAGGUUGUGUCUGUUUUCCUCUCAAGCAGUAUUAGUCGAGGUGACUCUAGUUUUCUCCUCCUACUCGUCCUGAGAAAGCAUCCACUCUUGUCACUCGUCCUGAGAAAGCAUCCACUCUUGUCAGUCACGGAAGAGCGUGAAACCAUCCGAACCUCUUGCGCCUGUGCCACUCUGAUUAUCCCACUGUACAUGUCUCUGGUAUACAGAUUUAGAUUCCAGUGUUAUAUCCUUUCAGAACUGCCUUGCCAUUUCCUCGUGCAUUGAGAACAUUGUAAAGAAGAAUUAUCAUUUUAAAUGGAUUCCUUUCAUGACUUGCUCAGAGGGCACUUGCUGUCUCACAAUCUGGUCCAGCACGACUUAAAAGUAGCAAGUUAUAAAUAGUUUUGUUUGUAUCCCAAUUAACCCCUCAUUACGGUUUCUCGAACGUAGAUGAUGAUGGUGUCGUUUGCCUGAGUGGUCAGCUUAGCCUAGAUUGUUUUUCUGUUCUGUAAUAAACUUUAAAUAUGGAUCGAUGUCAGGAAUAUCGACAAAUCCAGAAAAUAUUCUUCCUGUUGCUGAACAUUCUUUGACUGAACAUUCUUUGACUGAUGUGAAUUAAAGAGAAUGGAACCGAAAGAGACGCUUGUAAUCAUAAAUUGUACUAAUUAACAUUUAUUGUGCAAAGUAUUUAAUUAAAAUUUGUAUCUUGCAUGAGUAGGAAUGUAUUCUUUUUUACUUUUCAUUUAUUCCCAGGUCAUACACAGGAUUCCAUAACAUUCCUUUUGAUUGUCUUUACUUUUAUAUUUUUUUAGGAAGUAAAAGUUGACUUCAUUAUUCCACAGGUUCGGUAGGAUUGUAUUUUAUCUGUUUAAGUUCAUACAAUACAACAAUAAUAUCUUUAAAUGAAUGUUCUAAAUUGUUCUACAUUGGGAAUUGAGGUUCUGUUUGGUACCAUAACAACAUGUAUAGGACUCGUUGUGCGAAAGGUCAUGCGAUGCAGUUCAGAGAAGCAACCCACUUUGUCUUAACUCUUUUCUCUGGUGAAUUGUAGUGAUAUCUUGCUGAGUUUGGCUUGUGAAAUUGAAAUUAUCAUUGCUCUUUUUGGAAGUCCCUUUCAAUACCUUCAUUCCCCACUCUCAAGCUGUAAGAUGUAAUAUACAGAUUUGAAGGGGCUACGCGGCAGACGCAAUGAGCUGUUAACGUUCCGUUUACAAAAAGUGAAGUCUACCCAAAUCGAAAUGAAGGCUAAGCUGCUGUAGUCUCCUUGUGUUAAGGUGAAACAAUAAACUCCCACGUUAAGGAUUU